AUGCGCUUCACUUCUACAGCCGUGGCGUUCUUCGCCAGCAUCAUUACCGUUUCCGCCGCCGGUGUCCCAGACGGUAGUUACACUGUGACUAGACACAGCAACGGCACUCAAGUCUUCCCUCCCGUUGAUGCCAACGCUGCUCCUAUUAUCCUCACCCCCGAGGAUCUAGCAGCACUACGAACCGCCAACCGACGCGAUAUGCUCUCAUCGUCCGGCCUCAACAAAUUGUCCAAGCGCCGAAUCGAUUGCUGGGGCUAUCAACUCGACGAAUCCGGCAUCGACGCAGCAUACCAAAUGCUGGCGAACUGGGCUGGCAGCGGUCGGGACAUUUGUUCGAACACACCAGGCCGACAAAACUGGCAUGCAGAGAUCAGUGAGCAAAUGAUGGUGUAUUACUGCGUCAAGCAAAGCGGAAAAUGUGGCAAUGCAGACCGCCAGGAUAUUUCUUACGCAAUGGCACAGAUGGAUAGCAAAUGCCGCCGUUACGAAGCUUCGUGGUUUGGAUGGCCGAGUAGCUUUGAGAUUGUGGGCAAGGGAAGAGCAGGAGACGAUGUCUGCAAGGGUGGUAUGGAUGGCGUUCCCUAUUAG